AUGAGGCAGGCUAGCCCCAAAGCACCGCGCCACGCCGACUGUCACCCCCCAGCUCGCCGAGCCUCGCUUGACUGCCCGCUUAUGGGGAAUCACAGCCGGUUGAUCGUGGUUAGCUACUCCACGACCGCCCGUUUGAGAGGAAAUCCAGACCGAAGAGCUAGUACGAACUUAGUGGGCAAAUUCACGCAGAGCGUCCGUCGGAUAGUUCAAGAUGUCAAAGACGAGGGCACUUCUAGCGGGCAGACAAAGGAAGAGGUGAUCGAAACGAAUGAGAGGCUUCGGGCGGUACGAGUAAGACUCGAUGAGAACUAUGACACGGCGAAGAAGGCACUCGUAACCUUGAUGGCGCGGUACAGCGAAUCGAAAUCCCAGAGGAAUGUGUUCACCAGAUAUCCUAUGCUGAAGGCCAUGAUUAAGGAUGUGAUUCGCCUCGAAACCCAGUACUGGUCGCUGGUUGAGAUUCCACGACAAGAGAAGGCGGAGACAGUUCCAGCAUUUGUGCUCCGUGCAUGCGCCAUCAUGGAGAAGACACAAAAGUCUGGAGAAGGUGUGAAGACAUCUUCAAAGCUGGCGGAAGAGGCGGCAGAUAGAAGGGAGCGGAUAGAGAGAUUAAAUGAUAUGACAACAUCUCAAAUAGAAGCCGAGAAUACGCAAAUGACAAAUGAUUUAUACCGACUUCUGAAAAAAUAUACUGGAUUGCGGAAUCUCAUCAGGGAACUCAAGUCAGAGUACGUCAGCUCGAAAAUAUACCCGAUGUUUCCUCGGUACACUAUGCUGAAAGAUAUGAUCAAGGACAUCAUGCAUGAUCCCGAUUACAUGGAAGUCUGCCAUGAGGUUGACCCAUAG